ACCACGUCGCCCCUUCGUACACCCCCGUCGAUCGCAGCAAAUCGCGUCUCCGUGUCCACCGCGCGAAGUGAAAGCGGAAACCCUAACCCUAGCGCCAGCCCUAGCCAUAAAAUAAGCUCCGAGAGGGAGAGCGAUCGAAGAGGGGAACAUACGAUGGAGAGCUCGUCUCCUUCGGUGCCGUUUCCGCUGCUGCAGACGCCGAUCGAGUCCACGUACAGGGCGUGCACCAUCCCCUACAGGUUCCCCUCCGACAACCCCCGCAAGGCCACCCCCGUCGAGAUCCAGUGGAUCGAUCUCUUCCUCAACUCCGUCCCCUCUUUUAGGCAACGAGCAGAGAGUGACACCUCAGUAGCUGAUGCUCCUAUCAAAGCAGAAAAGUUUGCUCAAAGGUACACAGCAAUCCUUGAAGAAUUAAAGAAAAAUCCUGAGAGUCAUGGCGGGCCACCGGAUUGCAUUCUUCUUUGUAGGCUUCGAGAGCUAGUUCUUAGAGAAUUGGGGUUUGUCGAUAUAUUCAAGAAGGUCAAGGACGAGGAAAAUGCUAAAGCUAUAUCUCUAUUUGAGGAUGUUGUUCGGCUUAAUGAUGCUAUUGAAGACGAAGGAAAACGAGUGGAGAACUUGAUUAGGGGUAUAUUGGCAGGGAACAUUUUUGAUUUAGGAUCUGCACAGCUUGCAGAAGUUUUUGCAAGGGAUGGCAUGUCUUUCCUGGCAAGUUGUCAGAAUCUCGUAUCUCGACCUUGGGUUAUUGAUGAUUUGGAUGCAUUUAAAAUGAGCUGGACCAAAAAGUCUUGGAAAAAGGCAGUCAUUUUUGUUGACAACUCUGGUGCUGAUUUAGUAUUGGGUAUAUUGCCCUUUGCAAGAGAGUUACUCCGGCAUGGGACAAAGGUGAUUCUGGCUGCCAAUGACCUGCCUUCUAUUAAUGAUGUUACUUACCCUGAACUGAUCGAGAUUAUCGCAAAGCUGAAGGAUGAGAAUGGGCAGUUAGCAGGUGUUGAUGCUUCUGGCCUUCUUGUUGUUAAUUCCGGUAACGACCUCCCGGUUAUUGAUCUAACAGCUGUGUCACCAGAACUUGCAUUCAUGGCAAGUGAUGCAGACUUAGUCAUACUGGAAGGAAUGGGUAGAGCAAUAGAGACUAAUCUUUACGCGCAAUUCAAAUGUGACUCCAUCAAGAUUGGAAUGGUUAAGCACCCGGAAGUUGCUCAGUUCUUGGGAGGGAGGCUUUAUGAUUGUGUAUUCAAGUACAACGAGGUCCUAAACUACUGAGAUUUACGUUGGCAAACUUAAAAAUUGCCUCUUUUCUGUAGUUCGUCUUGUAAGAAACUACCACUUAUUUAUACCUUAAAUUUUUUAUUACAGAAAGAAAACUGAUGUCUACACCUUCUGGUAGGGACAGAGGAGUGGGUGUACCAUUUUGCACUGUAACGUUUGGAUCUUUUUGCUAAUAAAGUUAAGAACAUGUGCUUAAAUUUUGCUGA